AUGGACACCAGAGUGGUGCCGGUCCUGGUGCCAAAUUGUGGCUGCAAGGAUUGGGUAAAAUUCAACCCCAGCAACCGAGAUUUCUAUCGUGUUCAUUACCCACAAUAUAUGAUCGAAGCAUUUAUUCCGGCGAUCAAAGACAGGUCCAUGGAUGCACCGGACAGGGUUUUGCGUCUAAUGGAGGUCUACAUGCACGAUGAUGAGUAUUCUGUUUGGUGUUGUGUCAACAACUGCAUAGAACAAUUUUUGGCUUUGACCCAACACACGAAUUAUCACGAGAGGUUCAAGGAGUUUUGCAAAGCUCUCUUCUCAACUAUUCGUCACAAAAUGAAAUGGGAUCCCGACGAAACCGAGGAAGAAGAGUCGCAAGCCACAGGUCUUCUUAGGUCAUUGGUCAUAACUCGACUUAUUCAAUUGGGCGAUGAAAAACUCAUCAAACAGGCAAAGAAAAAGUUCCAGGAAAAACAGAGAGGAACAAGCGUGAAUGUAAAUCUGGACUUAACACUUCCGAUGUAUCUUGCCGUCAUGUCCGACGCCGACGACGACGUGUUCGACAGAUUGGUUAAUUUGUAUCGAAAGGAAAAAGACCCAGCUGAACGAACUAAAAUACUUGUGGCGAUGGGAAAUUCCUCUUGUGAGGAUAUGUUGCAAAGGGCUUUGGAUUUCAGUUUUACAGACGAUAUCAGGACACCGGACAAGGUCUACAUUUGGCAAAGUGUUUCCCAAACACAGGCAACAAUAAGUGUCCAAUUUUCAGAUAAAUCUAUAUAUCAAUCUUCGUAUAAAAUUGAUAAUUCACCUUUGUAUGAAAUUGAUAUUCCACCUUUGUGCGUUUUGGAGGUGGGCCGUACAUUAGCAUGGAAAGUAUUCAAGGAAAACUUUGAAAAAUUGAAACAGAUUUUCGGUGCAGGUACAAGUAUGCACGAAAUCAUUAUUGCAAUUUGUGCAGGAUUCUCCUGCCCAAAUAAGGGCAAGCAGAUUGAGAAGUUCUUCCAGGACAAUGAUAUUCCUGGCAUAAAGGCUACUUUAGACCAGGCCUUUGAGAAAAUCCAAAUCACUUCGGAAUGGUUGCACAGGGACUACAAGAACAUCGAAGAGUUCUUAGACCAGUUGAAGAUCUGCUCCUGCCAAACAAAACAAGGCGAACCAGGAGUCUGCACUUGCGAAUUCGACAGCGAAGACUUCAAAUGUUCUUGCAAACCAGAAAUUUAA